ACUAGCAGUAGUUUCACUGGCCGUACAAUAACUGGACUGGAGCCAGGCAAUAGCUACACUAUCACUGUGACAGCCUCCAAUGGAGCUGGUAGUGGUCCUGUCAGUAACACAGUGACUGCAAUGACUGAGGAGGCAGCUCCCAGUGGUGCUCCUGGUCCAAUCACUCAGUACAGUCACACCAAACAUGCGAACACUGUCCAGUGGGGAGAGUGCCUUGUCCCCUGAGAAAUGAAGAGAUCACAGACUACACAGUUGCUGCAACCAACUCAGG